CCAGCGCUGGCUUGGAGGGGAGUGGACACACAAAAGUACUCCUCACUGCGGACCCUCGGCCGGGUUCUGUCAGGAGUUGGUUCUUACCAGAGAGGCGUUCAAGUACACGGCGGGCAUGCGGUGCGUGUGAGAGCAAAGUUGAGCGUGCAGAGGGAAAACAGACCACUCCACACGUCAUGGAGAAAGAGAGCUCCUGGAGUCUCAACGAAGAUGGGACGAGUCCACGCCGCAAGUCUGGCGGUAAUUAUGGCGGCAACGACAGGAGGAUUAAGGCGCCGUCCCAUCCAGGAGUCCCGUUUGUGGGAUUGAUGCUCCUGGCCGUCAUCCCCUUCGGAGCUAGCAUCAAACAAAGUGUCCCUCGGGUCAAACUCAGCCAGAGAGAACUGCUGCAAGCCGGCAGUGUGUCUUUGUUUUUGGGACCCUCCGAUGGCCUCCUUUCCCAUUCCCUGCUGUUGGAUGAGGAGAGAGGUCGUCUUCUGCUGGGAGCCAGAGAUCACAUCUACCUGCUUGACCCUGACAACCUGGCCAAAAAUCCCAGAAAGAUCCACUGGCCUGCACCUUGGGACCGGGUGGACGCUUGCAAACUGGCUGGCAAAAAUUCAAAUGAGUGCGCUAACUUCGUGAGGGUGCUCCACAACUACAACACGACCCAUGCCUACGCCUGCGGGACAGGAGCCUUCCACCCCAGCUGUGCGUUCAUUGAAAUCGGCGGUUCCAGACAGGAUGGAAUUUUCCAGCUGCUGCCUGGUACAGUGGAGUCUGGCAGAUUGAAAUGUCCGUUUGAUCCCUUGCAGUCAUUCACCUCAGUCCUCACAGAUCAGUACCUGUAUGUGGGCACAGCCUCGGACUUCCUGGGCAAGGACACCACGUUCACACGCUCGCUCGGCCCGCCACCUGACCAGCACUACAUACGCACGGACAUCGCCGAGGACUACUGGAUCAAUGAGGCCAAGUUCAUAUCUGCACACCCCAUAGCGGACACCUACAACCCGGACGACGACAAGAUGUACUUUUUCUUUCGGGAGGUGUCGUGGGAAGGAAACGACAAGAGCAUUCUGUCCCGCGUGGCUCGGGUUUGCCAGAAUGACGUGGGCGGGCUGAGGAGUCUGACCAACAAAUGGACCACCUUCCUCAAGGCCAGACUGCUGUGCUCCAUACCGGGGCCUGAUGGAGUGGACACGCACUUUGAUGAGCUGCAGGACAUUUUUAUGCUGCCCACCAGGGACCCUAAGAACCCCACAGUGUAUGCAGUCUUCACCACCUCCAGCUCCAUUUUCAGAGGCUCAGCUGUGUGCGUGUACAGCAUGUCGGACAUUCGAGCUGUGUUUAACGGGCCCUACGCUCACAAGGAGGGGCCAGACCACCGAUGGGUAGAAUAUGAGGGACGGAUACCGUACCCCCGUCCCGGAACGUGUCCCAGCAAGACCUACGACCCCAGGAUCAAGACCACCAAGGACUUCCCCGAUGAGGUCGUCAGCUUCAUUCGCAUCCACCCGCUGAUGCACCGCUCCGUCCACCCUCUGAGUGGACGACCCGUGUUCACGCGUGUCCGCGUGGACUACAGCCUCACGCAGAUUGUGGUGGACCGGGUCUUGGCGGAGGACGGCCAGUACGAGGUCCUGUUCCUGGGCACAGAUGCUGGCACAGUCCUGAAGGUGGUGAGCAUCACCAGAGACAAGUGGCUGACGGAGGAAGUGGUGCUAGAAGAGCUUCAAGUGUUCCAGCUUCCCACGCCCAUUCUGAGUAUGGAGAUAUCUUCUAAGCAGCAACAGCUGUACGUGGGAUCCAGCCAGGGCCUGGCCCAGGUUUCGCUCAGCAGGUGUGGCCUCUACGGGCAAGCCUGCGCCGAGUGCUGCCUCGCCCGAGACCCCUACUGUGCCUGGGACGGACACACCUGUUCCAGAUACAUCCCUGCGUCCAAAAGGAGAGCCAGAAGACAAGACAUCAAGCACGGAGACCCCGCCAGCCAAUGUUGGGAUACAGAAGACAGUCUGGGUGUGGGUCGGGUAGAGGAGAGAGUUCUUUUCGCAGUCCAGAGCAACUCGACCUUCCUGGAGUGCAUCCCCAAAUCUCAGCAGUCCCAGAUCCGCUGGUUUGUCCGAAGAACUGGAUCGGAACACAGGGAAGAGGUCCGGCCGGACGAUCGGGUCAUCCAAACAGAACGAGGCCUCUUGAUCCGUUCCCUGCACGCCGCUGACGUGGGCGUGUACGAGUGCCAGGCUCAGGAGCACACUCGUUUCGUGCACACCCUCCGCCGCCUCACGCUGCAGCUCGUGCCACAAGGACACCUGGACAGAAAGACCAAGUCCGGCGAGGACCCCCUUGCGGAGCUGAAGAACGCUCGCCAUUACAAAGACUACCUGAGGCUGAUGAGCUCCCCCGUGGGGUCGCUGGAGGACUACUGCGACUCGCUCUGGCUUGAGAGGAGGUCGUCAAAACCUCGGGGGCGAGCGAUGGGCGCCGGAAAGUGGAAACACAUCCAGGAACUGAAGAAGAGCAGGAACCGGCGGCACCACAGGGAGUGACUGAUAAAAUAUUAACCAUUGCGGUGAAAAAGUGAGGACUGUAAAAGCGUACCUUUAUAUCUUGCACACUACAAGGCUGAUUUGCCAAAAACCAAAUACCACGCGCUAAACAGCAGGUGCAAACUUUACAAUUGCGUGUAUUAUUCAUAAUAAUAAUAAUAAUAAUAGAUUUUAUUUGUAAAAAAGCAAACCUCAAAGUGCUACAGUGGAUUAAAAAAAAUAAAAAUAAAAAUAUAAUUAAAAAAAAUAAAUACAAAUAAAAACUAGAACAGCCACAUAGCUAAAACUAGUAUGCAUAUAUCAACAAAAAAAAAAAGACUUUUUUAAAAAGAAGGGUUUUUAAGCCUUUUUUAAAACCAUGCACAGUCUGUGGAGCCCUCAGGUGGUCAGGGAGAGUGUUCCACAGACUGGGAGCGGCGAAACAGAAAGCCCGGUCUCCCAUUGUUCGUAGCUUUGUCCUCGGAAGUUGGAGGAGUUCUUUGAGGUAGAGGGGGGGCAUUUCCAUGGAGGUACUGGUGGGUUAGUAGGGAGACUCUGAAUUCAAUCCUGAGUGGAACAGGAAGCCAGUGAAGGGAUUUGAGAGGCGGUGUGAUAUGGUCAUAUUUCCGCACUCUCAUCAGGAGAUAUUCAUGGGCGUGUUGCGUGUGAUCUACUAAAGCUGCCUGUGCAAUUGAUAACUGGUGCAGACCAUCCAUCCAUCCAUCUUCUUCCGCUUAUCCGAGGUCGGUUCGCGGGGGCAGCAGCUUAAGCAGGGAAGCCCAGACUUCCCUCUCCCCAGCCACUUCGUCCAGCUCCUCCUGGGGGAUCCCGAGGCGUUCCCAGGCCAGCCGGGAGAGAUAGUCUUCCCAGCGUGUCCUGGGUCUUCCCCGUGGCCUCCUACCGGUCGUACGUGCCCGAAACACCUUCCUAGGGAGGCGUUCGGGUGGCAUCCUGACCAGAUGCCCGAACCACCUCAUCUGGCUCCUCUCGAUGUGGAGGAGCAGCGGCUUUACUUUGAGCUCCCCCCGAAUGACAGAGCUUCUCACCCUAUCUCUAAGGGAGAGCCCCGCCACUCGGCGGAGGAAACUCAUUUCGGCCGCUUGUACCCGUGAUCUUGUCCUUUCGGUCAUGACCCAAAGCUCAUGACCAUAGGUGAGGAUGGGAACGUAGA